CCCUUCUCUCCCCUCUAGGCCCUCCCCGCGGGUUCCUCCUCAGUCGAUGCUGCGCCGCAAUCACCGAAUCUCCAUCACCAAUUUGGCUGAGCCGCGGGCUCCUGCAGGCUCCCCGUGGCCUCGAGUGAUCGUCGGGACCCCUCGGCCGCGCGUGAUUGUGGGGUCUCCACGGGCCCGGGAGGCAGGGGCGGAUCAGGCCUCGGCGCCGUCUUGGGGCGCCCCUCAAGGCCGCGGGCAAGAUGAACCUCCUGGCGCCCGUGCGGAGAGACCGCGUCCUGGCGGAGCUGCCCCAGUGCCUGAGGAAAGAGGCCGCUUUGCACGUGCACAAAGACUUCCACCCCCGCGUCACUUGCGCCUGCCAGGAGCACCGGACAGGCACCGUGGGCAGAUUUAAGAUCUCCAAGGUCAUUGUCGUGGGGGACCUGUCAGUGGGGAAGACUUGCCUCAUUAAUAGGUUCUGCAAAGACACCUUCGAUAAGAAUUACAAGGCCACCAUCGGAGUGGACUUUGAGAUGGAACGAUUUGAGGUGUUGGGAGUCCCCUUCAGUCUCCAGCUUUGGGACACCGCUGGACAGGAGAGGUUUAAGUGCAUUGCAUCAACCUACUACCGAGGAGCUCAAGCGAUCAUCAUUGUCUUUAAUCUAAAUGAUAUGGCGUCCCUGGAACAUACCAAGCAGUGGCUUGCCGAUGCCCUCAAGGAGAAUGACCCUUCUAGUGUGCUCCUCUUCCUCGUGGGUUCCAAGAAGGACCUGAGUACACCUGCUCAGUACGCACUAAUGGAGAAAGAUGCCCUGAAGGUGGCUCAAGAGAUUAAGGCCGAGUACUGGGCCGUCUCAUCUCUCACUGGUGAAAACGUCAGGGAAUUCUUCUUCCGUGUGGCUGCACUGACCUUUGAGGCCAAUGUCCUGGCUGAGCUGGAGAAAUCAGGGGCCCGGCGCAUAGGGGAUGUUGUCCGCAUCAACAGUGAUGACAGCAACCUCUACCUAACGGCCAGCAGGAAGAAGCCCACGUGCUGCCCCUGAGGGCCAAGGAGACUGUCCAGAGACUGCAGUCCCUGGGGCACUGUGCCUCCCUAAUCGCAGAGCUUAGCCUCUGGACAUUUGCACCAAUCUUUUUCAAGACCAAAGAACUACCCUUGGUAGCGGUACCCCCAGAGGGGCAGUUGGGACCACGUUAAUCACUUACUGCCCCAGGCAUCGUGCCAAAGACUGAAUGCCCUCCCAGCCCUUUGGAGAUUCUUGUGCCAGGGGAACAGUGUGUAUCCCUGGUGCUUUCGCUCAGCCUUUGUGUACGAAGCGCCUAAUGUGAUUCCAGCCGAACACUGUGCCUUAUGCAUUAAAGCCUCUGUUAGCA